ACCCAGUCAAGGGUAACGAAUAGACAACAGUUUAAACAGUUUGACGCAAAAUGUUAAAGUGGCUGCUACUUGUUGCAGUUGUUGUGGCAGUUGUCAGUGCGGAGUUGCAUCGCAUCCCGAUCCAGAAGCAUCAUCACCAGCGGAAUCGUCAGCAAGUGAAGGCGGCAACUCGAUGGCUGCAUAAGAAGUAUCAUCCUCAGAGUGAAUUCUAUGUACCCGAUUAUGCCGCACCUGAAUAUGGGGCAAAUAGUGAGGAGAGCAGCGAUGAGUACACAUCGGAGUCGCUGAGCAAUAAUCAGAAUUUGGAUUAUUAUGGCGUGAUUGGAAUUGGCACUCCGCCUCAAUACUUCAAUGUGGUGUUCGACACGGGCUCGGCGAAUCUCUGGGUGCCAUCGGUGAUGUGCAUGGCCAGCGAUGUUGCCUGCCAGAAUCACAAUCAAUACAACUCGAGUGACUCCAUCACGUAUGUGCCGAAUGGCAGCAGCUUCUCCAUUCAGUACGGCACGGGCAGCUUAACCGGAUUCCUCUCCACGGACACGGUCAACAUCAAUGGUCUGGCAAUACAGAACCAGACAUUUGGCGAGGCUGUUUCCCAGCCAAAUGGCAGCUUCACUGGCGUCCCAUUCGAUGGUAUUCUGGGCAUGGGAUAUGCAACCAUAGCCGAGGAUCAAGUGAUUCCACCAUUCUACAAUCUGUAUAGCCAAGGUCUGAUUGAUGAGCCCACCUUUGGCUUCUAUCUGGCCAGAAACGCCUCCUCCCAGUAUGGAGGUCAACUGGUGCUUGGUGGCGUCGACUAUGACCUCUUCACUGGUGAUCUCACCUACGUGCCCGUCUCCCAACAGGGCUACUGGCAAUUCAACAUGGCUUACGCAGCCAUGGGUCAAGUUGUUGUUUGCUCCAAUUGCCAGGCUAUUGCAGAUACAGGCACCUCCCUUCUGGCCUGUCCUGGCAGCUCCUACACCAUGUUGAAUCAGCUCAUUGGUGCUCAGCUCAUAGAUGGUGAUUACUAUGUCGACUGCUCCACAGUUAAUUCCCUGCCCGUACUCAGCUUCAACUUGGGCGGCUCCAUCUUCCAGCUGCCCCCCUCCGCCUACAUCAGCAUCUUCAGCGAGGAAGGCUCCACUUACUGCAUGUCCAGUUUUACCUACAUCAACACCGACUUCUGGAUCCUGGGCGAUGUCUUCAUUGGCCAGUUCUACACACAGUUUGAUUUUGGACAGAACCGCGUUGGAUUUGCCACAGCCGUUUAAGGAAACCGCAAAGAUAAUUGGAAUUUUUUCUGGAACGAGGAAGAAACGAAUCAAUAAAAUUGUUAUAAAAAAUUUACAAAAAAAUAAAUAUGCACUAUAAAAUGGUAAA